AUGCCAACCUUUGCACCCCAUUUUGGCAUAGAGGGAGACGCCAAUUAUGAAGCACAAGUUAAAGGAAAUAUUGUCUCGAUGUUACAAGCAGGCUGUUGUAUUGGUGGUCUCUUGAUUAACCUUUUCGCCGAUCCAUUUGGGCGUAAAGCUGGUAUCAUGUUGGCCGCAGUAGUAUUCAUCGUUGGAAGUGUUGUUCAAGUUGUUGCACCAACCGUGGGUGCGAUGAUGGCUGGAAGAUUCAUUGGUGGAAUGGGUGUGGGCGGAUGCUCUAACAUUGUGCCUGUGUACAUUGCCGAGAUUGCACCCAAACAUUUAAGAGGAAGAAUGGCAAAUCUUUGGCAGUUCAUGGUGGUACUCGGUAUUAUGGUAUCCUACUGGGUUGACUACGCGUGUCUCAAGCAUAUGGACGUGAGUGACAAGCAAUGGAAAACACCACUUGGAUUACAAAUCGUGCCAGGCGGUAUAUUACUUAUCGGCAUGGGAUUCCUUCCAGAAUCUCUACGCUGGCUUGCGAGCAGGGAUCGUAUUGAAAAGACAAAACAUAAUCUGUGCCGUUUGCGUGGUUUACCUGAGGAUGACGAGCGCAUCAUACAAGAAGUUACCGAAAUCCAUGAAUCCAUUUUGGAGGAACGUGCUAGCAAGUCCAGCAAGUGGGCAGAAUUACUUCAACCAUCAAACGUUCGGCGCCUCAUUAUCGGUAUCAUGAUUGGCGUUUGUCAGCAAUGGACAGGCACAAAUGCAAUCAACUAUUAUGCACCACAAAUGUUUCAACAAAUCGGUAUUACAGGCGAAACGGUGGAUAUCCUUGCAACUGGCAUCUAUGGCGUUGUAAAAGUGGUGUUUGUCUUUGUAUUCUUCUUUAUGGUGGAUCAUCCAUUCUUUGGUCGACGAAACUCGCUUAUUAUUGGCUCAAUCAUCAUGUUUGUGUCAUUCUAUAUUUUGGGCGGUCUACUCAAGCAUAUUGAAGAAGAUCAACUCGCAUUGCCACCUGGUGUCGAACCUCCGGUUGGAGCAAAAGGCUAUGUCGCAAUGGUUAUGCUUUUCAUUUUCGCUAUAGGAUACGAGAUAUCCUGGGGUCCACUCGUGUUCGUUAUUUGCGCUGAGAUCUAUCCGACACGUAUCCGUGCCAUCUGCAUGUCAAUAACUAUUGCCAUUUUCUGGGCCAUGAACACAGUCAUUGCCAAAGUGACUCCUUUAAUGAUCACAAACUUGACCUAUGGCACCUACUUUUUCUUUGGAAGCACCGUCUUUGCAAUGACGGUAUUUACGUGGCUAUGUAUCCCAGAAACUCGUGGAAGAUCAUUGGAAGAUAUGGAACCGGUAGGCAAUUUUGCAAUAUGUUCAAAGCAAAGAAAGGAUUAG